ACUGGUGAAAAGCCGUUUACAUGUGUGAAUUGUGGAAAAUGUUUUAGUCACAAACAGCAUUUAACUAAGCAUAUGAUGAUUCACACUGGUGAAAAGCCGUUUUCAUGUGUUAACUGUGGAAAAAGCUUUAGUCAAAAACCGCGUUUAACUCGGCACAUGAGGAUUCACACUGGUGAAAAGCCGUUUUCAUGUGGGAACUGUGGAAAAAGUUUUAGUCAAAAACAGCAUUUAACUAAGCAUAUGAUGAUUCACACUGGUGAAAAGCCGUUUUCAUGUGUUAACUGUGGAAAAAGUUUUAGUCAAAAACAGGCUUUAACUCAGCACAUGAUGAUUCACACUGGUGAAAAGCCGUUUUCAUGUGUGAAUUGUGGAAAAAGCUUUCGUCAAAAACCGGGUUUAACUCGGCACAUGAUGAUUCACACUGGUGAAAUGCUGUUUUCAUGUGUGACCUGUGGAAAAAGUUUUAUUCGAAAACAGGAUUUAACUCAGCACAUGAUGAUUCACACUGGUGAAAAGCUGUUUUCAUGUGGAAAUUGUGGAAAAAGUUUUUGUCAAAAACAAAAUUUAAUUCGGCACAUGAGGAUUCACACUGGUGAAAAGCCGUUUUCAUGUGGAAAUUGUGGAAAAAGCUUUAGUAAAAAACAUAGUUUAACUCAGCACAUGACGCGUCACACAGUUGAAAAGCUGUAGAAUUAUGUUCCAUAAAUGUCCUGUGUUGUAUUUGUUAAAUGUGAUUAUUUUGAUCUUCACAUUUGGAUACUUAGAGAUGUUCAACCAUGACACAUUUUCCUCCAUUGAUGUUUUAUUUUUCUGGUAUAUUCUGUAUCAAAAAACAAUAAUGAUGAACUGUAUGUUAUUGUAUUAACAUACUGUUUAUGUCAAACUGUAUGUUGUGUGUGUACAACGUGAAGAGCAGAGGGCUCAGCACACAGCCCUGAGGAGUGCCAGUACUGAUGCUGAUAGAUGAAGAGGCUUGGGGGCCCACUGACUAUUUCAUGCAUUAACAGAGUUUGACCGGACAUGGACUCCCUUCCAGAACAUUCUCCCAUGAUUGGACUUGAGGGAUUGAUUUGUAUUAUUCUGUACCAUAGAGAGUGAGUGGGGUUUAUUUUUGUAGUUUUUUAAAUCAACAA